AUCAACCUUCCGUCAGCGCAACUCGGCUGCCAUUUCCAGUAUCCACCCGCGCCGGCGCCGCGCUCCUCCCCGUCUUUGAAGAACACCUGCUCUCCCGCUCGAACUGCUCGUCUACUGGCGCCGCCGCCCUCUCGCUCCCGGACACGACGACCUCCGGCGGCACCGGAAGAAGACGGAAGACUCCGAGGGGAGUGGACGCCAGGGGCAGGGCCUGGCUGCGGGAGCCGGGAGACUACGGCCGGCCGCCGGUGCUGACUUGCGCCGGAGAUCAGUGCGCGCCUGCUCCUGGAUUCCAGGUUCGAGCUCAGGGCACGUCACCUGUUCGACGGAAUGCUCAACAAGACCGCGGCGAGCGGCAAGGGUCAAUUCGGUGACCUCACCGACGACCUCCUCCGGCACGUGCUGUCCUUUCUGCCUGCGGCUGAUGCUCUGCAGACUUGCGUGCUCGACACCCGGUGGCGCGACCUCUGGAGGCGCACCACCGACCUCCUCCUAGUCUUUGAUGAGACCAGUUUCCCGAGCUCCGGGCGUUUCAAACAGCUGGUGAAACUCUUCAUCCACCUCCGGGGAAACUCACCUCUCGACAAGUGCAAGAUCGUUGCCUGUGUUGAUGAUGAGGAGGGGUGCACAUACACAAACACCAUGCUGUUGAUCAAGUACGCUCUAAAGUGCCAAGUUAAGGAGCUCCUACUCAGUGUUGCUGUUGAAGAUGAUGACACUGUGUACGACCCAAUAAUACUUGAUGCGCCUCUCAUCUCCCAGCACUUGAAGCUCUUACACCUCGAACAGGUUAACCUGAAAUUCUCCGCUCUGAAUUUCUCGCGCUGCCCGGUAUUAGAGGAUCUAAAGAUGCAACGUUGCGGCAUUGAUGGACGCAGGAUAUCUUCCAAAUCACUAAAGCGUUUGUGCAUUUCCGACUUCUGUUACUUCCCUGAGGAUUUCCACGUUCGGAUAUUUGCCCCGGGUCUUAUCUCUUUGCAACUUGAUGGUUUUAAUGGCUUGACCCCUUCCCUUGAAUACAUGCCAUUUCUAGAAAUAGCUUAUGUUGGGCUUCGCGAUGAAUGCUAUGAUUUCUGUCGUAGUAACCGGCAGGAUUGUGAGUUUGAUGACUGUGGCUGUCAUGCUUAUCCCGUUGGCGAAGGUGUGCUUCUCCAUGGUUUGUCCAAUGCUGUGAAUUUGGAGUUGAUUGCUGAUCAUGGAUCUGAAAGGUUUAUCUACACAUGGGAUUUAAAAUGCUGCCCCAUAUUCGACAAACUGAAGACUCUAUUACUCAGUGAGUGGUUUACAACUGUUGACUUGGUGUGCAUUCUCCAACACUCUCCAAUUCUUGAGAUGCUCACUCUUCAGCUGGAUAACACUAAGAAACUCGUUAGAGCAACAGGAGCCCAAGAAAUGAUCGACCAAUCAUUUGUGUGCUUGCACCUUAAGGUUGUCAACAUUGAAUGUAGAAAGGUUGACGAGGGAGUUCGCAAAAUUUUGACGAUCUUGAGUACAUGUGGCAUACCUCGUGAGCAAAUUGGCAUCAAGGAGCAAUUACGUUACUCAGACCGUUUCAGUUUCCAGAAGCCUCUGUAGCCGCUGCUUCCAUCUACUGUGGCACUAGCUAGCUGCAGUUUCCACCAGUGACCGCAACUGAGAGCCGAUAUGCAAUGCGUGCUCGCGUGUGAUGUUGGUCUAAAGCCUUCUGUGGUUCUCUGAAUAAGAAUGUGAUGGUGGUCCUGUUGGCUGUUAUCGCCACAUUUAGUUUCUAGCUUUCUAUCUUUUGGUGAUGUGCUAGAAAAUGUUUUGUUGACUGUGUGGUGCAACUCAGCAAAAUGGUUUGCAGUUC